ACUUUGAAAUUCAAAUUGCUUUAUCAGUGGAUAGAACUAUCUUCUGAACCUAACAAAGAAGCAGUAAUUAAAGCGCUGCUUAGUGCAAAAGAUGCCAUGCUGAUGAUUAGAUAUCAUAUGCGCCUGAUGGGUGAGUCUGCAGGCGUUCCGAUUGAACCAGAAUCACAAACGCAACUUCUAGAUGGUACAUUGAACUUGGAAGGAGUACUAUUGGCUGGAGUGCCAGGGGCAGGAGGAUUUGAUGCAGUCUUUGCUGUUUGUUUGGGCAAUUCUAGCAGCAAUGUGACAAAAAUAUGGAGUUCACAUAAUGUUCUUGCCUUGUUGGUUAAAGAAGAUCCUUGUGGCGUUUGUUUAGAAAGUGCAGACCCCCGAACAUAUGAAAUCACAUCAGCUGUGUCUUCAAUUAAUAUCGAAUAAGUUCAUUUCCAUCAAUUAAAGUUUGCUAAUCACCACAAAAUAGUUCCGUGGAGUGUGGCUUCACUAGGUAUUAGUUUGCUUAUUUUAAAUUUCGGGGGGAAAUGAGUGGACUUAAAUAAGCUUGUGAUGUGUUAUAGUUAUUUUUUAAAGUGAAAACCCCCUCCAAAUUAUUCUUGGUUUUAUAAACGAGCUGAAGAUUCGUUGAACCUAGUUUUCUUACUACAAGAACAGAAGAAAACAAAGUGUAUCAUCCAAAUUUCCGAUAUAUUGCAUAACGUGCUUAAAACAAAGUGUACCUACUUUUCUACAA